CAUCCAGACUCACGGCCAUUUUUGCAAACUCAGCUACUAAUGUAAACUACCGCGCAAUACUAUCAUCACAGAGCUUUGCAGACCAAAUUUUAAAAAAAUAAAAAAUAAAAUAAAAAACAAGUUUCUUCGCCGUUUCUUCAUCUAUUCAGCACAUUUAGGGAUGGAGUUCCCUGUGGAUAUAUUGGCCAAUGUGGAUCCUGGAUCCCUGGAGCAGUCAGCAAAAAGCUACAUGUCUAAACUUCUCUUCAAAAAUUUAGAAGUACAUGAGUACCUCAACAUACCUGGAUCUAAGAAUAUAGAGAUUGGCCUCUGUAAUGUGAGUUUUGUCCCUCUCUAUGGAGUUGACGUUAAACAAAAGAUCCUUGCACUAUUUUCACCUGACGAACCUCUUAAAGCGGUCGGACUCUACCUGUUGGAUCAGUGGUGGUCAGCUGAAGAUAUUCUUAAAACAGCAGACUCCUCACGAACAGGACUGAUUAAGGUAAGAACUCCUGGAGAGAGGAUAGUUCUGUAUGUCCUUAACAGAAUCAUAUACAGAAUGAAAGAGGUGGUCAGGGACGAUGUGCUCUUUCCUUGCCAUGGAGAAGAUGAAAUUGCCAAAAUCCUCUGGAAAAAUGGCGAGGCCAUUGGCUUUUAUUCAGUCAAAGCUGAAGGGAGCUUGUGCCCAAAAUUCUUGACCCACCGUUAUCAGAUUCCUGUCAUGGAUACCAUAUUCAUUCGGAAAGAUCACCGUGGACAUGGACAUGGUCUCCAUAUGCUGGAGGACUUUAUUGUCAGCUACAGACAAGAAAUUAUGGGUUUGUCAUGUCCACUCUCACCAGCCAUGUACAAAGUUUGUAAAAAGUACCUGAGUCUUCAUCCAGGUGACACAGAGCUGCUGUGGGAAAUAGUGGAUGUAGGAAGCCCUUUUCAGAGAACUCAAAUAGCCAGAAAAUUACAAGCAAUGGACCUAAAAGGAAAUCAAGUCAUGGGGAAACUGAAUUUUGAUACAGAAGACAGUGAUAUCCCAAAGGAAGUCCAGGAGACUAUGGAGUUCACAGAGGUUGUAGAGGAGGUUGUCCAGAUUAAAAUAACAAAAGAUGCACAGGACACACCAGUUACAACUCUUGGCAGGAGCAGCAAUCUGAAGCGUAAAAAGCUUGGAGCAGACACAGGAGAAAAAACUGAGAAAAUCAUCAGGGUGGAAGACAUUGAGACUUAUGUUCAGUGUGCAGUGUGCAAGGUGCAGAAGGAUGGCAAAAUGUCUUUGAAUUUAAAAGACUCUCAACUCAAGGACACAAUGGAGACAUUGACACAUGAUUCUGGCAACCCCAUAUCAGAUAUUACCCAUCUUCACUGUGAAGUGCAAAACAAACUGAGCCUUCAAACUACCCAUCAGUCUGAAACAAAAAUGAUGCCUGUUAUGGAAAUCCAAGGCCUAAAGAGCAGUGAUCUCCAACCUUUAGAAUGUCAGCAGGUGAUAGAAGUGGAGAUUGUUAAGAUGUCAUUAGAAACAGAAGAGGUAAAAGAAAAAGCUGGAGAGGUGAAAGAAAGUAAAGAUGACAUUGAAAAAGACAUACUUUCACAUGGGAGAGAAACCUUUGAAGGAAUAGUAGAAGUACAAAAAGAUCAAACAGAUAUGGCAGACACUAUCAACAAAGAAGAUAUAGAAGAUGAAGUAGAGAUGGGGAAAAAAUCAGUGGUCGAAAACAUUGUUGAUGACACAGAAGAGACAGAAGUAGAGAAGGAGGAAGCUGGAGCUCGGGAGGUGUUUUUCUUAGGAAAAGAGCAAAGUGAGCAAGACACAGUUGAAGAGACUGGCAUGGUUCAGGAUGGUUUGCAUGAAAAUGAACAGGAAACUGAAUACAAAGAACCAGCUCCUGAUAACGAAGAGGAGAAAUUCAGUACUAUGAUUCAACAAGAGGAAAACUCAAACGUAGCUUACAGUUCAGGCUCAAAAAGGAAAUAUGGUGACAAAUGUAGAUCAAACUAUGAAACUCCACCGAGGCGCUCUAGAAGACUCAAUGAUCAGGCUGUAGAAAAUGAACUGACAGAAAGAGAUCUCCAAAGUUCUUAUAAGAAAACAAUUUCUAAACAAGUGUACAGUAGACAAUCCAAAUCUUUAAAGCAGCCAGAGUUACUCAAACACGUAAAAGAACCUAAAGUAAAAGGAUUAAAGCAAACAGAAUCUCAGCUUGAAAAAGAACAGGUAGAAGAAACUCCUGAAAAUGAGAAUGUGGAAGUCUGUUGUGAAAAUCCGAUCGCAGCUCAUAAGGAGAAUGAAGAAGGAAUAGUUAUCGAGAAGGAUUGUUUAGAUCAACUAACAACUGAUGAUGAAACUUCCAUGGGAGUGGACAACAAAAUGGAUGUUAAUAAUGCUGAAGCCUCUGAACCAUCUAAUGCAGAACACUUUGAAGAGCAAGAAGAAGAACCAGCUUCAGCAGAAGAUGGCAGCAACACAAAAUCAACUCUGAAAUGGCAAACAGCAGACAUCCCUCUUGUUGAAUCCAUAGAUAAACAGCAAGUGGUAGAAAUGUCAGACAAUGAAAUUGUGGUUGUGGUUGAGGACAAAAAUAGAGAUAGCAAUUAUGAAGAAAGAGAAGUAAGACUUGACAAGAUUGAGGAAAUCAUUAUAUCAAAGGAUAAAGACAAAGUUCCAGAGCCAGUUAUUGCAGAUGAAAACAAGAUCGAGGAGGCUCAAGAAGAGGAACCUAUGAAAGAACCUAACAUGAUUCAAAGUGCGGAACCAAAAAUUAUGAACAUUGUGUCAAGUCUUGAUUAUGAAGUUGGCAAGACUUCCAAGGAUGAGAAAAAAGCAGUUAUUGAUCAUACUGAGGUGGUCAGAAAUGCUGAAAUAGAGGUUGAAGGAAAAUUAUUGGAACCAUUUGCUGCAGAUGCUGUUGAAAAGCAGGAUGAGAAACCAGGCUCAGAAACAGGGCCAGCAGAGGAAGAUAAUAGCACAGUAGAAGGCAGAACUCAGAAACUGGAAAACGUUGCUGUUACGCUUAUAGAUUUUAACAAUGUCCCUCUCAAACAUGAAAGUAGACUCAAGCAUCGAGCAGCAGAAAGUGAAAUUACAGAAAGAGUUCUGAGGAGCUGUACAAAAGCUGGUAAAGCAAAUUCUAAAACAAAAGCUGUAAAGCAACAAGUGACAAUACAACUAGUAGAUGAUCCUAAAGUUGAGCAUAUGAAGAAUGUUCUGGAGUCACUCACUGAAACUGCUGUGGAAGAGAAUAUUGAGUUAGUAAGCAUCACCACUGAAACUGAACAUGAGAAAGCGGUUGAAUUAGAGGUUGAAGAAAAAACACUCGGACAGUGCGGUGCAGAACCUGUUGAAGAGUGUGAAGAGGAACCAGCCUCAGUAACAGGGCCAGAAAAGGAUGAUGACACAGAAGAAGCCACAUCAAAUUUGAUACGGCAAAAGGUUGCUGUUGUGCUUAUGGAUUCCGCAAUACAUAUGGAUGCUGGUAAUGAUGUUAAGGGAACUUCACAGCUACAGGAGGAAGUAGAUCUUGAACUUCAUAAGCAAAGUACUGAUACAGAAUCUCAGGUUGAUCACACCGAAAAAGAGCAAGCAGUGGAAACAGAUGAAACGGUGGAGAGUGAGGAGAGUGAUUUACUGAAUGAUGAAGACAGAGCUCCAAAGUCAGCCUUCAAUGAUGAUGAAAACACAGAAGAGACAGAUACUGUUCAAGAAAUACCAGGUGAGAAUCCAAAAAGUCUGCAUCUCAUUGAGUCAAGUGAAGAUGUUGAAUGUGAGCUAUCAGAUGUUCUGAUUAAACUAGAUGAAGAGGAAGAGAAUGAGGCAAAGUCGGUAACCCCAUUACGACGCUCUAUCAGGCUCAAGGAUCAGGCUGCAGGAAGUGAACUGACCAAAAGUGUUCUCAGGAGAUCAGCAAGACUGACAAACAAAGCCACUCCACAACAAAGACACAAACAACAAAUCAAAGCCAUGAUGCAGGAACCUAAACAAGAUGAGUCUCAGAAUAAUGACAUGAACAUUAUUUUAGGGUCUGAGUUUGCAGUAGGAGAGCACAUGGAGCCAGAGACUGUUCCAAAAAAUGAGAUUUCAGUUGUACAGGGCACCUGUGAAGAAGGAGUAAGUUUGGAAAAGGAAAAUAUAGAAGCUGAUGACUAUGAGAACAUUAUGAGCAUAAGGAAAUCCCAUGGAGAUGAUGUAGAGGAAAAUAUAAGGAGAGAAGAUGUUGCAGAACAAGACAAGAUGGCACCUGAAGAUACAAAACAUGGAGAAGCUGAACAAAUCUGCACAUCUGAAUAUGUGAAAGAAGGUGAAGAUAAAAUACAAGAAGAUACUUUGACACUGCAAAAAGCUUCUGUUGUACUUGUGGAUGUCAUAAAAGAUCUCCCCAAUCUAACAGGUGAGUUUAGUUCUGCUUUUGCAGCUUCUCAGGAGGAAAGUAACAAAUUUGAAAUGAGUGAACAAGCAGUGAAUAUUCCUGAAGAGGUGACAGACGAAUUACAGACUGAAGCUGUAGAGGUAGAGAACAUGGAGACAGAGUCAGUAAAUCCUAGUGAAGACGAUCUCUCACAUCUGAAUCCCGCUGCACAGGACACCGCUGAGGAUGAGAGAAGUGUAGUGAUGAAUAUGAUAGAGGACGAGGCAACUGAUACCAGUAAGCUUAUAGUAGAGAAGUACAUUGAUGAAAGUAAGGUGGAGGAAGAAUCCAAAACAGAACAGUUUAUUCUGCAAGAUCCUGUUUUAACUGAAGAAUCGGAUCAUGUGGAAUGUUUAGAGACAGCUAAACUGGCCACAGAUUUGGCACCAGAAGAGGACAUGGAGAAUGCAGCCAAGUCCACUUCCAUGUUAAAACUACAUCAAGUUCAUGUGCAUAUGGAUGAUGAAAGGCAAUCAAGUGAAAUUGAGACAGAUGAGAAGGAAACAACACAAAAGUCCCAGGAAAAUAAAUUGGUAACCAAGGAUAAUAUUGCAAAUGAAGAGAAGGUAUUGACUGAGAUGAAUGUAACAGAAAAUGUUACAGAAAGAAUAGAAGAAGAAGAAGACGAAGAACAAGCAGCAGUAGUGGAACUGGGUUUCGAUAACACACUCAUUACAAAUGAUGAACAAGUUGGGGAUAGUCUUGCAAAAGAAGAUGUGAAAGAUGAUUUGAAAGAAAUAGAAGACACUACCUUAAAAGUUAAAUCUACUUCAACAGAACUGGAUACAAAUAAAACUCUGGUAGAGUGUCAAGAAAGUAUAACACCUGCCCAAGGUGACAGUGUCCAGGAAAGUAGAAAUUUCAAGCAUAGGACUGUACCAGUGAUGCAUACACAAGAAAGAAAGUCUGGACAUCUCCAAAAUAUAUACAAAGGAACCAAAAUAAAUGAAAACACAGAAGAGGAGAGCUCAGAUGAAGAAGUUGAAACUGUAUUCACAAGACAUCUAAGAGGAAGAACAGUAACAGUAACACCGAGAAGAUCUAAACGUCUCACAGUCAUACAAGCUGCAGAGAUGGAGAUGGAGCAACAUGUGACUAAUGUUUGUCAUGAAAUAGUAGCAGUGCAAGGCACUGAAGAGACCAGGACUGCUGUGGAAGAGACGUGCGAGACCAAUUCAAAAUACGACAGUGAGGAAAUACCUUCUGUCUCUGAAGCAGAGAGGAAAGACCAGAACCAAGAUAAUGAUCUACCUGGAAAUGAUGCAGAAAAGGUGGAGGGGGUGACUGAUGGAAGAAAAGCUAUGGUAGGAGAAACUGUUGAUCAUAAGGAGGUAGAAACAAAACGCAGGGAAAUUCUAGUAGAAGUUGAUCUACCAGAUGAAAAUCAGGAGAAAGAAGUAAGAAGUGCAAAUUCCAAACAGGAAAGUGACCAACAGGAUCAUGCUCUGGAGGAAACGUUGCUUGAGAAAACAUUUGAAAAAGAACUUAGUAAGAGAAUGGAAGAACAAUGCCUUGAAGAAGCAAAAGAGAGUGCUAUAAACAUUUGGAUUACAGAUCAGUCAGUAAGUCUUGAUCAGUCAGAAGAAGGCAAAGGUGUUGAAAGAAGGGCCUUGAGAGAACGAACAAUAACUAUCAAACCCACUUCUGUAAGGAAAUCUAAACGACUCACGGUCAACGGCAAACAGGAUCACGGUCAAAAUGAUGGGCAAACAGUUGUGUGGGCAAAUACUGAAGAUUCUGCACCUGUAGAGGCAACAGUAAUUGAGAUGACUGAUGUGCAGUCACAUAAAGAAAAUAAAACCACUGAUCAAGGAAAAGGUCAAGAAAUAAAGGACACCAAUUCUAUAGGUGGAGAAAUCUCACAGGACAAAACUUAUGGAGAUGCUGAAAACAGCCAAGAAAACACAGAGACAGAAGAUAAAACAGAGUUUCUAUGUGUGUCAACAGAAGAUACGCAUAGUAAGAUAGUGGCACAAGAAGAAGAAAAGGUUGAGGAGAACAGGAAAAAACAUUCGGCAACAGAGGAUAUAAUGGAGUCUGGAAACAAUGCAGGCAAAUCUGAGAAAGUAGCUGAUAAACCCCAAGAAGUCGAAGACACUCAAGAGGAAAGUGAGAAGAAUGUAGAGGAAAUGCCUGAAGCCCAGAUAACUCUAGAUGAAACCUUCACCUUGGAGCUGGAUGAAGAGAUUGACAAUAAUGAGUGUAAUCAAGUGGUUGAGGAGACCAAAGCUUCAUUUCAGGAAAGUGAAAAAGAAAUCACAGAUACAGAACAAGAGUCUGGACUGAAAUCAGCAACAGCUUCACCUGGACAAAGAUCAGCUAGGAGAAGAAGGGGAUUGCUACAAGAUUUUCAGAGUGAAAUGGAAGAUAAGUCAAAGGCAGAUGAGGUAAAAGACAUGAUUGGAGGAAAAGAGGAAAAGAAACCUCAUCAAAAAAGAAAGCCUGUAGAUGAGCUAACACCUCGUAGAUCGAAACGGCUUGCAAGAGCAGAAAUUGUGUAAGGGGAAAAAAACAUCAGCAUGGCCAAUUACCGGCUCUAAAAAAAUAAAAUAAAAUUGUUUUUUUUAUGCAACUUAAAAGGUUUCUUUUUAAUUAGAAAAUUUAAUAUGCAGAGUGUAGUCUAUAUUUUAAUACAUUUUGUAGCUUUAACUUUUUUGUCAUUUUGAACUGUAUUCAAUUCUUAACGUUCUAUUUCCUCUGUUAAUAAAUGUUUAAUUACUGUUACUUACAGACUUGUAAUAUAUCUAAGUUUUUACUUUCUACAUUACUCUCUAUACAGUAUAGCUCCAUUUUUCAUAAUGUGUAAGUGGUUGCUUUGUAUAUUAGUGCUAAUUGAUAAUAUUCAGUUCCUACAGGGUAAUAUUUCUCUUUUCUGUAUUGUGUACAAAAAGGUUUUUUUUUUUUUUGUCAAAAUUGUUUUCUGAGUGCCUAUAUCAGCUCUUCUAUAGUUCUAGUACAGUUAUGGCCAAAUCUGUAUCUGUAAUGUAAGUCUCAUGAUCUAUUGAAACACAGUGAUUAGAAAUGCUCUCUCAUCAGUUCACACUGUGAAAUACACUGCAGGUAAUUAGUGUAGACGUUCCACUAGCACCUCCUCAGAAACGUUGAGUCUGAACUUAGUUGUUAGUAUACCAAUUUAACAACUUUGAAACAUUUUUUUUUAUUAUAUGAUAUUUUAUUUACUAUUAGAUAUUUUUCUUUUGAAUCUGAAAACAUUGUAUCUAGUUUCCUGCACCACUGAGCAGUAUGUUUGUUGUCUAUAUGCAUUUUAAAACAUCUUUAUUUUUCUUAUUUUAAAUAAAGUUUGGGAAUUAA